GCUUCUAAAACUGAGAAGAUCCAUAAUAAAACCCAAAAAUUCACUAAAAUUGGUGCAAAAAAGAAAAACUCAAAUUAGCCGCCAAACAUUUUUCAGUUCAGUACACGCCGCAGGCCGCGUUUUUCUUUACUUCGAAUUUUCUUAACAAUUUCCCUGUUUUUCACACAAAAUAUCUCAUAAUUUAACAUCUUCAGUGUAUUCAGGAUCUAUUUCCAUUCCCCUGAACCCUAAUAAAUCACAAAAACAAUUCAAAUAGGGUCAAAAACAACGAGAUUCUGCAGCUUCCGGAAAUUCUUUGAGAUGGAAGUUGAGGAAAAGAGAUGUGAUGUUCAGGAAAAUCCCAGUGAUGAUGAAGAAAUCUGCCUUCCCAGUGAUACUCUACAAAUCCUCAAAGACUUCUUAGCUGAAAAGGCCCGGGAAGAAGAGACUUUAGAGGAGAAUUGGCAAUUGAGUCAGUUCUGGUACGACGAAGAGACCAUUUCAACAGUGGCAGGAGCAUGCAAACAGAUCUCUACGGGUAAAGAUUUCACCAUUGGACUAUUUUCUUGCCCAUCGCUCUUUGAAGAAGUCUCCAAAGCCGCUCCAAAUGUUUAUCUCUUUGAGUACGAUGAGAGAUUUUUAAGGAAAGGAGAAAAUUGCAUUUUCUACGACUACACAAAGGGGAAGGACACGGAAAACUUGAGGAAAUUCCAUGAAUUCUUCGAUUUGGUCAUCGCAGAUCCACCUUUUCUCUCCGAAGAAUGCAUCGCCCGCACUUCAGAAAUCCUCCGGCAUGUCGCCAAAUCCUCAGGGAAGAUUAUUCUCUGCUCUGGAACAGUUGUCACACAGUGGGCAGAGAAGUAUCUACAGCUGAAACCCUGCAACUUCCAACCAAAGCACAAAAGGAACCUCGGCAAUGAAUUUGCGUCUUUUGCCAAUUUUAAUCUCGACACCUUCAUCCGGAACCAAUAAAAAACUACUUGGCUGCA